AUGAGCGAUCAAGAGUUGACCGAGAACUUAUCCUUCUUGCUGAACAACCUCACUGACGAGAAUGUGGAGCAAACGGUAGGAUUUGACAUUGUACUAGAGGUCAUACCUAAAUUUAAGUAAAUUAUUAUUCUUUUGAUGUUUAGGGGCAAUAUCUCAAGGAGUUAUCCGUAAAUUUCACGGAAGACGUCGAAAAGCAUCUGGCCUUGAUUUUGAUCCGUCGACGUGUUGCUGUGGAACAGAAUCAUGUUGGUUUAUACGUCAAACUCGCGCUUUCGCUGGAAUCGGAGACUUUCCAGGCUAAUCUCCUCCUCGUUACCAUCAAUUACGCCACGCAGUUGAUGGAUGGCGCUCGUACAGCGGCGAAUCAAAAUCCUCGAGACCUUUUGCGCAACCUGGGCACGUUUUUGGGACUGAUAACUUGGGGAAGGGAUCUGGAGUUACCAACUCAUCUGCUUGAUCCCUUGGAAUUGCUGAAAGAAGCUGAGCGAGAGGGUCAGGAAAAAAUGGAGAAGAUCUUGCCUUUUGUGGCCAACAUGCUCAGGGCGUGUAAGACGAGCAAGGUAGGUUUUUUUUGAUAUUGUUUUACUUUACGCUGGGGAUCAAAACAAAAUUCAUUUUUAAUUCGAAUUUUUGUAAUCAUGUUAUGACUUUUUGUGCCCAAAGACGACAUCAACAAUUACUUGUUCUAUUAGUAUAAUUUUUUCAGGUCUUCAAGCCAAAUCACCCACGAAUUCAGCCAAUUUUUGAGGUUUUGAAGCGAAUCCAUUCCAUGGAGAAUAUGAAAAUGACCUUAUGCUUUGAAGUGGAGGCACUUUUUGAUGAUCUCAGAGCUCCCACUCCACCUCCAGAAGAACAUAGCUUCGCUUAUAGUGAUCCUCACACUUCCGGGCAUCUAUCAGAUCAGUCGAUGGAACAGUCUUUUUUCAGUCAAAGUAGCUAUCAAGCUCCUCCAUUGUUCGCUCAAUUCCAACAACAAGGGUUGAUGGAUAAUCCAAUGGUGAGACUUUAUUUUGUUGCUGCUGUUUUUAGGUUGAAAAAGCUACUUAAAAAAGAGAUGUUGCCAUGGAUAAUAUAAGUAUUAAGUCUCUUCGAUUCGUUCCGAAUUAAUGUGAAAUUGAAAGUGGUUAUAGCCGUAUGAGUAAUUUUUUUCUAGGCUCUUCAAGCUCUGAUGAAUCCGGCAUACCUUCAACAAAUCCAGUAUCAGCAACAUGUUCAGCCGGAUUUCAUAAAUUCUCUUCAAGCCCCACCUUUUCACCCAAGGCCUCCAGUGCCUCCGGGAAUGACUUUCCCGAUACAGGAGCAAGCUAUUGAGCCACCAGCUCCCCGCUAUCAACCUCCUCAUGUUCGGUUCCAAGAAGCCCAACAUCAAGCUCAACAUCAUCAACAACCACCUCAAAUGUCGUUGGAAAGUCAUGACAUGACCAAGGUCUUUGAAGAGAGGAGAAUUUGGGAUCCGAAUCCAGCUGCUAAGAAAGAAACUAGUAAGGGUUUGGAGGAUUUGGGCCUUGUUAUGUUAUCCUGGGUCAUGGAUAAGAUAGAAGAAAAAUAUUUUGGCAAUUAUUGGUCACAGAGCUCUUAAAUUUCGAAUAAUUUUAUGAAUGAGAAGCUUGUUUUCAGAUGCUUUUGUUGCCAAGGACAAGGAACUGGUUUGGAGUUUGAUCGACGCUAUUGAUUUCACUUGCUCUCCAGUGUUCCAAUUGCAUAAUACAGCCAAAGGACGAGUCACAGAAUCGAUUUUUGGCUAUUUAACGGAUGUCGAGAGUAGGUUGAGACGUUGAAAAGCAUUUUUAAGCCAUUUGAAAGCAAAAAUUAUAUUAUACAUGGAAGAAAGGACUUGAUUUUGGGGGUUUUUUUUAUCGACUAAGCUGAUCAUCGUUUCAGAAAUGCUUGCUCCCAUCCUCAAACGGCUUUGUGAACCGCUUGGCUUCAGUGCGGCUUCACUUCUCUACCGUGAUUUCGCCUUUGUUGACAUCCAGAGCUUUGAAGGAAUGAAAAAAAUCAACCGAUCGGUCUACAAGGCUCUUCUUUUCGCAUUGUAUUAUCGACAGAAUGCCAAUGAAGCCGCUUACAAGCACAUGAAACGCACGAUCGAAGCCGCCGUGGCCCGCGCGAUGGAGUACGAAAGAGCGCAUCAGAGAGGUGUGGCGCCGGCCGAACUGGAGUGGACCAAGCAAAUGUCGGCGAGACAGUUCGCCCACGCCAACGCUCACAUCAUUGGGACCUUUAUCUGCGAGGUUCUGGAGAGAUUCAGCCACGAAUUGGCGGAUCUGCAUCUUUUCCAAUUCAUUGAAGAGAGGAAAGUUCAUCCGGAUUGGAUUGGCCUCCGACGGUUCGCAUACAACCCAACUAGCCGAGAAGAGCUUGAGGAUAUGCUCCCAGAACCUCUGAGACAUAAGAAUGUCCCAGAAGAUCAUGUUCUUGUGUAUGGGGAGUUUGAAAAACUGACGGCUCAAUUGAAGGAGGACGUCAUGAAUUCGUUGAAAAAUUUUGAUACCAAGGUGUUCACAGAUGUGGCCAGAGAGGAUGUGGAGGUGAGUUUGAAGGGUUUUGAGGGCGAAAAAAGAAUUCCGAAGGAAAAUUUGGAUAUUCAUUUUUUCGAUGAAAAAAUUGCGUUUAGUUUUUUACAAAUCGCGAAAAAAGUUUCAUCUUUUUUUUAUUUUGUUUUAGGCCGCAAGAAAUCCAGUCCAGAGAGGCCCGAUUUUCCAGCGAUCAGGAUUUGCUCCCCAGCCGACCUCUCAAGAAGUGAAAUUCGACAAGAAACCAAUUGAUGAAUUUACGGUAAACAGUUGGUUUGAGUUGAUAAAUUGUUUUCGAAAUGCUUCUUUUUGUCUUAUAUCAUCCUUAGCAUCUUGAAAUUUUCAUUUGCUUUCAGAGAAAAGUCCUCCUGGUCUUCCGAGAAUGGUGUGUUUCAUCAAGAGCCCCCGAUCCAGCACGGCGGGAGAGUUUCAAAAAGAUUGUGGAAUUUGUUUACGCCAAUGAACUCCUCACUGAUAUGUCGGAAGUCGGCAGAUUCUUCGAAAUUUGUCUUCAAGUCUGCAUCGAUCUGAGCGAACAUUUGGAGUCAUUCCAGGAGAAGGUAAGUCAUUUUGAGGUUUUUAUUUUUUUCAUCUUUAGGCGACCACUGAAAUGGAGCUUCUAAAAAUCGACCGUCAACUCUUCAAUCAUGUCAAAGCCCUGGCUCUUCUUGUUGACCGACUUGCUGACGAACAGGACCGCCGAGAACACACGCGAACUCGGUUUAUCGCUCAUUUUAUCCGAGUUGUCAUUCAAACUCAUGUGAAGAAAUUUGAGGAAUGGAAUGAACCAACGACCCUUCAGAUCGCCAUUUUUUAUCACACUUACUAUUGGAUUGUGACGACUCAGACUCGGUUUGACAAUCAGAAGAAUGUCAAGGAGUUUAUUGACAUUUUUGCGUAAGUUUUGGAGAUUAGGAGCGAGUUUAAUAUAAUUUUUGUGGGUUUUGGUCGGAAAAGUGUUUGAUAUAGGGAGAAUAUGUCGCUUGGAGGUUGUUUUAGUAUUCUCAAAAAGUAAUUUGUUGUUUAAGAACGGCAAUUCAAACUGUCUCCCCUCUGAACAUGCCAUAUUUCAUCUUCUCGUACACCUCCAUUAUUGCUCAUCCCCAACUGAUGCGAUCGAUUUUGGCAUCCCCGGAAAUGGACCCAGCCAAGUCAGCCAACUUCUACAUGAUGCUGAUAAAGCCUCUGCUCGAAUGCCAUCGAAAACUCUGCGAGUCGGAGGAGGAUAUCCACAAAGAAGCAGUUCAUCAUCUGAAUAAGGGAUUGUCCAGAGUUUUUUCCUACCUCCAGCAUGACUUCCCCGGCUUUUUUGUGAGGAAAUACAGUGUGGUUUUGAAGAUGGUUCCGUUGAUCUGUAUUCACUUGAGAAAUUUGGUCGUUGGAGCGGUUCCGGAGGAAACAGAGAUGAUCGAAGCGAAUCUGGGCUUUGAUAGGGUAAGUGGAAGAUUGGAGGAACUUUUGAAAAAUUUGAGGCGAAUUUGGUUAUUUUUGGAUUGAAUGGAUAUCUUGGGGGUAUGAGGAAAGGGUUUUGAAGUGGAUUUUAUUUUGAGUAGAUAUCUUUUUUGAGGAAUUUUGCCAAUUUUGGCGUAAAACAAAGUCAUCAUUGCGCAAUUUUUUAUUUUUUUUUAUUUGAGACAUGUAUUUCGUAAAGUUUGGCCGUUUUGAAGGUUGAUAGAGAUGUUUUGAGUCUUAUUUUACGGCAAUUUUUGUUUUCAGUGCUGCAUGUCAGAUCAAAUGAACCUAAAUCCCGAAGUUCACAAUGAAUUCUUGAUGAUGGCAUCGGAAGACUCGAAAAACUUGACGUCCAGAGCAACGGUCGAAACAGCGAACCCGGAUUUUAUUCCAGAAUUCAUUGAAAGCUUCAAAUCCGUGAAAAAUGACGUCAACCAAUUUGAUUUGGCCAAGAUCACCGACUUUUUGACUUAUUUUGGAGCUCUGAGUGUUAGUGAGAUCAGAGCGGCAAAAGCAUCGGUGUCAAUGGUUGUUGUGGCCAACAAUCGAGUUGUGAAAGUCUUGGAGAACGCCUUGAGAGUAAUGGAUUCUGAAGGUAAGGAGUUUUUAAGUAAUUUCAGGGGGUUUUAUGUUGUACAUGGCAUCUGUCAUGAUGUAGUGGAGAGGUAUUCUGAUUUUUAAUUUUUUCAGGCACGUACAUGUUCUUGAAUGCUCUGAUGGACCAAUUGAGGUACCCAAAUUCUCAUACUGCCUUCUUUUGUGGGGUUUUAUUGGUCUUGUUCAAGUCCGGACAUGAACAUUUCAAGGAAGUUAUGUCGAGGUAUGAUGGGAGAAAAUGAAGUUAAAGUGAUGAAAAAGGGUUAAAAAGUUGAUGAGGGAAAAAAUUAAACAGUUUACCCGAUAUGUUUUGUAUUUUUCAAAACGCAUUCUUUGUGUUUCAGAAUCAUGUUUGAACGAAUCCUCACCUUCCCUCCAUGCCCAUUCGGCCUCAAACUCCUCCUCUGCGAGCUCUUCACCAACAGUUCCUAUGAUUUUUUUGCCAACGACUUUCUUCAUGCCACUCCAGUAAUUGAACGACUUUGCGUGGAAUCGGCAAAAAAUAUCCUCAAUGUCACCAUCCCAAUCACCUCGAUCCUGGCCCAUUUUCGCUUCGAGAGUCUGAAUGAAAGCUUCGCCAACAUGGAAGUCGCUUCCCCGACCUGUCCAUCAAUGAUGUUUCAAAUGCCAAUGUCCCCGAUUGGGUGA